AUGGCCUCCCUACGCGAUGCAUUCGUGCAAUAUAUAUCGAGAACUUCCUACUUCUCAUUAUGCGCUGAUAUAGCCUGUGCCUGUCUCACGGUCUACAUCCUUUCGGCAUUGAGCACAUCGAAUAGCCGCCUUUACCCUCCCGGUCCUCCGGGAUGGCCUAUCGUAGGCAACGCGUUCCAACUUCCCCUUGGUAAACACUGGCUACUGUUCGACAAAUGGACGCAAGAUUAUGGUGAUAUCUUCAGCAUUUCUUCCUUGGGAGAGACGACGAUCAUCUUGGGAUCUGUGAAAGCAGCAAUCGAUCUGUUGGAUGUACGAGGCAACAUCUACUCAGAUCGUCCGCCGGCAACCAUGGCAGGAGAUCUUGUCGGUUGGAAUCUUGGACUAGGGUAUGCCCGAUUUGAUCCUGCUUCUCCUCAACCUCUGUCCAGCAAGUCGCUGUUCCCUGUGUCCUCUAACGCUCGCUUCCGCGAACUGCGAAGAAUCUUUCAUGUCUCAAUUGGCCCUCGCGCAUGUAAAAGACCAGAUUUAGUUAUAAUGCAGGAAGAGGAACGUGCCAGGCUUCUGGGGAGGCUGCUUGCAAUUACAAAGAAGGAUGAAAAUGGGCUUGACAUUGGACAUGUUAUCAGGGAAUCUACGGGAUCCCUGAUUCUGCUACUCACAUACGGGUAUAGAAUCACCAGUGCUCACGAUCCCUUGGUGAAGAUCGUCGAGGACGCGAUGUUGGGAUUCGCACGUGCUUCAGAGCCCGGUGCUUUCUGGGUAGACCGAUGGCCGAUCUUGAAGUACAUUCCUGCUUGGUUGCCGUUUGCAGAUUUCCGACGCAAGGCCAAGCUCAUGCGAGACGACAGGGAAAAGCUCUACGAUCAGCCGUUCGACUAUGUGAAGUCACAAUUGCGAGAAAAUAGAGCUCUGACAUCUAUCGUGUCAACGUUUAUGACUUCCGACGAAGAUGAUCACAGCGGGAAAGAGGAAUCGGAAAUACAGGCGGAAGAGGAACUGGUUAAAGCAGCUGCAGCUUCUCUAUACUCAGGGGGUGCCGAAACGACACAGUCGUCACUAAUGUCUUUCCUUCUAGCGAUGCUGAUUUACCCUGACGUACUUGCAAAAGCACAAGCAGAGAUCGAUGCUUACCUAGGUCCAGCUCGUGAAAGUUAUACGUGCAGGAUGCCCGCGAUCGAAGAUAUACAGGAAUUGCCUUAUAUCAGUGCUCUUGUGAAGGAAGUAUGGCGCUGGAACCCUUCAGUCCCCCUUGGAUUAGCGCAUCGCCUCACUGAGGGCGAUGCUUAUCGAGGAUAUCAUAUUAAGAAAGGGUCAACAGUAUACGCGAACAUCUGGUCAAUCCUUCACGAUCCCAAAACAUACCCUGCACCAUUCGAAUUUCGGCCUGAACGAUUUCUCGACGAAGGCGGCCAACUCAGAAAGCUUGAAAAAUACGAAGACCCAGGCUGGAUUGCUUUCGGAUUCGGUAGGAGGAUCUGCCCGGGAAUGUUCCUCGCAGAGAACUCAAUCUCCCUCAUCAUCGCAUCUUUGCUUUAUGUCUUCAAUAUUGAAAAGGCAAAGGACGUAGAUGGUAUGGCUCUCGAACCGGAGGUGGACUACGACGGAUUCAUCUGUCAUCCGAAGCCUUUCAGGUGUCGAAUAUCCCCUAAAUCGAGAUCUGCGGAGGCAUUGAUCCUGCGGGAACUUCCCGUGCCCUCCGAAGACUUGAUAUUGAAGUGACUUUUAAGUCUGCUUUCACGACUGUUGAAUGAUGAGCGUAGCGAUUUGUCGUCGAAUGAUAGAAUAGGACAAGUUGCCUCUACCAAUC